UCCCUCUCGGUUAGAGUCUCCGAGUCUCACUAAGUUAAUCUGAGAACAACAGAGAAGAAGAAGAAGAAGGUGAUCGGAUCUGAAACCGACGAAGAUCGGAGAUGACGGAAUCGAGCCUGGAUCUGCAGGAAUCCGGCUGGGAGGAGCUCCGGAGAGAAGCUCGCAAAAUCGAAGGCGAUCUCGACGUCAAGCUCUCCUCUUACGCCAAGCUCGGCGCCAGAUUCAAUCAAGGCGGUUAUGGUGUUGAUGGUGGAUCACCUGGAGGAUCAUGGAAGUCGAUGGAGAUUGAGAUUCAGUCUUCGCUUGAGAAGCUGUUGGAUAUUAAUGAUUCCAUGAGUAGAUGUGCUGCCUCUGCUGCACCUACAACCUCUGUUACUCAGAAGCUUGCUAGGCACAGAGACAUUCUUCAUGAAUACACUCAGGAGUUUCGGAGGAUAAAAGGAAACAUAAGCUCGAUGAGGGAACAUGCUGAGCUCUUGAGUUCUGUCAGGGAUGACAUAAGUGAAUAUAAGGCUUCUGGUAGUAUGUCACCAGGUGUGCAAGUGUUAAGGGAGAGAGCUUCAAUCCAUGGAAGUAUAUCCCAUAUUGAUGAAGUCAUUGGCCAAGCUCAAGCGACAAGAGCAGUUCUUGGCUCUCAACGGUCUCUGUUUUCUGAUGUUCAAGGGAAAGUGAAAAUUCUCGGAGACAAGUUCCCAGUGAUUCGUGGCUUACUUGGCUCAAUUAGAAGAAGACGUUCUCGGGACACACUUAUCCUCUCCGCUGUCAUCGCUGCUUGUACCUUGUUUAUAAUCAUCUACUGGCUCUCGAAAUAAACAGUAUGUUCAUACGCCUCAAGCCCAUUAAGACGAUCCUCUAUCCGAAUUUUCCAAGUUUAAUUUUUGUAUUUUGCCAUUUUGUUGAGUUGUGUUUGUAGUAAUGUCACACUCUUAAUCAUAAAAAUCUUAAAAUUCCAAACACACAUUUUUCACAACA